AUGUGAAUUCUUAUAAAACAUUUUCCAUUUUUAAUAUAUAUUCUUCUUAAGGUGGUAGACAGCGGUGGACAAUUGUUCGAUGGACGAAACAGUACUCGCAAUUUCCGGUGAAUGGAUAUGCUUGGCUAGUGGUAAGUGGGAAUUUCGGGUAGCCCCAAACCGUGAGGCCAAAUGUGUAUCUUUCACCGACGGAACAGUUUACGAAGAAUUAUUGGCCGAAGUGGUUCGAGCAUAUGGAUUAAACACGAACGAGUACCGGCCAAGUCUUAGCUUUUGGUACUUUGGCGAGACCCAAGUCUUAACUCAAGGACAUAUGCCGCCGGUUUCGAUAGGUUGCGAAGUGUCCCUGAGAAAAUUUAAAAGUAAAAGAAGGGAGUGCAAUGGUUUGAAUAUGUUCGUCUCUUUUGUGAAGGUAGAUCGUACUGCUAACGACCGAGAUGUGGUGGGUAGCCUAGAUGAUGACGAACUUCUUGCAUGUUGUAAAGAAGUUGAAGAUCUGUAUCGUAAAUCUGUUGUUCAAAAAAAUCUUGAAAAUGGUGGUUUGCAUAGACAACCUUUACCAGCUGUGGACCCCGUGGUGCAGAAGGCGAAAAUCGUGGACAAAGAAAUGGUUACAAGAUUCGUUGACAAGGGUAAAGGAUUGGUCCAUGAAGAUGACCGUAGCAAUUUCGAGCCCAUUUAUGAAGAGGAAGAUGAUGUUGAAGAACCAACUUAUGAUUUCGACAGAUGGUCAAGUCUGAUUAACAAGGAAUACCCAAUGGACUGGGAUCCCUAUGCUAGAGGUUGUGGGCAAGUUAGCAACAUUGACAACAGAGAAGAUGGACCAGACGAUGGAGUUGUGAACAUGAUGGACCACUCUUCUGAUGGACAACAACUUAUGCUUCUGGGUGGGAAUAUUGUGGCCGAAGGUGGUGGUGUUAACGUAAAUGCUCCUGGCUCAUCGAGUGCAGUUGGUGUGGCAUUAACUGAAAAAAAUGGCAAUCGCGAAACACUUGAAAUGGUAAAUUUCCACGGGCAUGAUGAUGAUCACACUAUGGGUAUCGACGAGUGUGAAAUGUUGUUACUUGAUGAUCAGCCUUUCAGGGACAAUAUUAGAGGUGUUGGCAAUGAAGUUGGAGACAUGGAUUUGAAAAAGGCUGCAGAUGCCAUAUAUGUUGGAAGAGUUUUUAAAAACAAAGUUGAGCUGCGCGACACAUUACGUGUGUUCGCCAUGAAACGGUUGUUUCAUUUUAAAGUGAAGAGGUCGGACAAAACAAGGAUGGUAGCUAACUGCGUCGACCCCAAAUGCAAAUGGAGGGUGUUUGCAAAAAACCAUAAAAAUUCUGAGAACCUGGAAAUCAGGAAAGUUAAUUUGAAGCAUACAUGCGAUGUCUCGUAUAGGUCAAGGUUUGGGAGGAACGCAUCGGCUAGAAUACUUGCCAAACUCAUGCAAUCGAAAUUUUCGAAUGGAAAAAAAGGUCCUCGGGCAUGCGAACUUCCUGAGAUGAUUUUGGCGGAGUUGAAUGUAACCAUUUCGAAUGUGAAGCAUAAUUUCAAAUGUCCUGGGUUGGCUGCCAUGGUCUCAAAUGCUGCUAGGUCUUUUACUGUUGGAGAUUUGGAUUAUUGGCUAGCAGAGAUCGACAGACGCAAACCCAAAUGUACUGAAUAUUUGAUGGACAUAUGUCUUCCUUUUUGGACUCUAGCGCAUUGUCCACAGAAGAGGUAUAAUCUUAUGAGUAGCAACAUUUCGGAGUCUUUAAAUGCGGCGUUGGUGAAAGCUGUGGACUAUCCUAUUGUUUCUACGGUGGAAUUUAUUAGGACCAUGCUGAUGAGAUGGUUCUACCUGAGGAGGAAACUGGCAGCAAAAACAGAAUCUCGAUGCACACCAGAGGUAGAGGACAUUCUCAUAGAGCAUCUUGGAGAUUCUGUUGAAUGUGCAGUUUUGGCAUGUAGCGAUUGGAUUUAUCAAGUCAACGAUGGCAUGGGUAUUGUUUACGAAGUCGAUCUACAGUGUAAAACUUGUUCAUGCAAAGUAUUCGACACUUUGAUGAUACCAUGUUGCCACGCGUUAGCUGCAGUUGGGGUUAGAAAUAUAGACAUAUAUUCUCUAAUUGGUGAUUGUUACUUCGUUGGUCCAUGGAUGAAAAUGUAUGAAAUGGUGAUUCGGCCAAUACCCAAGGAGGGAGAGGUGGAAAUUCCAGAAGAAGUGAAGGUUGUGGAAAUGAAACCUCCGAAAACGAGAAGAGGUGGAGGAAGACCGAAAAAGAAGAGAAUCCCUUCCAGAGGAGAAACCAAAGUAAGUGUUGAUAUUUGUUUACAAUAAUUAUAAACGUGGACAACAUUA